AUGAAAGAAGUGGCGCGAAAGCCUUUGAGGCCUGAAGAAGCAGCAGAAAGCAAAGCAGCACUUUGCAGAGCUCUUUAUGGAUCUCUUUUUAAUUGCAUUGUAGACCUCACCAACAGCAGCAUAGGAUUUGUCUCCAAAGCAGCAGCUGCAGCAGCAGCAGCAGAGCCCGCAGCAGCAGCAGCAGCGGGCGCAGCAGCAGGAGCAGGCGCAGCAGCAGCAGCAGCAGAGCCCGCAGCAGCAGCAGCAGCAGCGGCUCCCGCCGCAGCCGCCACAGCGCGCCCAGCAGCAGCAGCAGCAGCAGCAGAAGACAUACUGUUUUGCGGAGUUUUGGACAUUUUUGGAUUUGAGUGCUUCGGGCUGAAUUCUUUCGAACAACUUUGCAUAAACUACGCAAACGAAGAGCUGCAGCACUUUUUUAAUUCUUUUGUUUUUCUUUGCGAAGAAGAACUUUACAAAAAAGAAGGAAUUGGAUGGCAGGCGCUGGACUUUCCCGACAACUCCGACUGUUUGCUGCUGCUGCAGCACAAGACCAAUGGUCUCUUUGCUGUUCUCGACGAGGAGUGCCUCGUCCCCGGCGGCAGCAGCAGGGCCUACUGCAGCAAACUCAUCAAAAAGUACACCAGCAGCAGCAGCAGCAGCAGCAGCAGCAGCAGCAGCAGCAGCAGCAGCAGCGGGCCCGCGAGCCGCUUCGGGGUGAACAAGACGCGGCCGAACUGCUUCGUGGUGAAGCACUUUGCUGGCGAAGUGGAAUACAACAUUGAGGGGUUUUUGGAAAAGAACAAAGACAGUCUUUCUCUGGACCUGCAGCAGUGCGUUGCUGCUGCAGCAGACCCCUUCGUUGCUGCUCUCUUCACCCGCUACCUCGAGCGCGGCUCCACCAGCAGCAGCAGCAGCAGCAGCGGCGGCGGCGCGGCUCCCCCCCCCCCCCAGCAGCAGCAGCAGCAGCAGCAGCAGCAGCAGCAGCAGCGGCGGCGGCGGCUGCUGACGGUGUCCGGGGAGUUCCGCGAGCAGCUGCAGCAGCUGAUGGGGACGAUCAGCAGCACUUCUCCGCACUUCAUCCGCUGCAUAAAACCCAACCCGAAAAACGCUGCUGCUGCUGCUGCUGCUGCUGCGGCGGCGGCGGGGGGCCCGCAGGCAGCAGCAGCGGCGGCCGCGGCGGCGGCGGCUGCUGCUGCUGCUCCCGCAUGCACGUGGGCUGUCGGGGAAACUCUUUGCUUCUUCAAACGCGAAAGCUAUUCUGUUCUAACUGCUGCUCUUGCUGCUGCUCGUGCUGCAGCAGCAACCAAGGUGCAGGCGGCCUACCGCGGCCACCAGCAGCAGCAGCUGUUCCUGCUGCUGCGGCGCUGCGUGCUGCUGCUGCAGCGCGCCGUCAGGGCCUGGCUCGCCAAACUCAAAAAGGAAAAAAUCCUCAAAAAUGAAAAGUCCAUUUUAAUUCAAAACUUCUUCAAAAUGAUCCGGGACAGAAACGCCUUCCUCAGAAAGAGGAAACAAAUAGUUUUGAUUCAAAGGGCCUACAGAGCCCACCGCCGCCAAGUGUCUCUUUCGCUGCAGCAGCAGCAGCAAGCAGCAGCAAAGAUUCAAGCAGCAUUCCGGAUGAAGCAGCAAAGACACAACUUCCUCGCCCUCAAAAAGGCAACUGUCCUCGCCCAACUCAGAUGGAAACGGCUGCUGGCGCUGCGGCAGCUGCGGCGCCUCAAAGCCGAAGCCAGAGAUGUGGCGGGGCUGGUCAAACUGGUGCAGGGCUUGAAGCAAGAGUUGUCGGAGGCGCGGCAGCAGGCGGAAGAGGCAGCAACUCGAGAGUUGCAGCAGCAGGCCCGUGCUGACGAGCUGCAGAAGCAGCUGCAACAGGCGACUAAGGAGAAGAAGGAAUUAAAAGCUGAAUACAAAGCCAAAGCAGACAUGUUCAGCGAGCAGCAGAAGCAGCUGGAAAGCCUGCGGCUGCUGCUGACGGGAAGCAGUGCAGCAGCACCAACAGCAGCAGCAGCAGAGGAGGGUGGGGGCCCCCCGUGGGGGCCCCCCGCAGCAGCAGCACACUGGCCUCCCUUGGGGGCCCCCCAUGGGCCCCGGAGAGGCAGCAGUUUGGAAAUAAGUGAUUUAAAAGUUUUGUUUGAACAAAGAGAAGCAGAAGCAGCAGAGCGAGAGAAGCAGCAGCAGCAGCAGCUGCAGCAGCUGCAGCAGCAGGUGCAGCGGCUGCAGCAGCAGCUGCAGCAGGAGCAGCAGCAGCGGCAAGUAGCAGAAGCUAAGUACAAGCUCGUGCUGGAAGACAGCGCUGUGGAGAGGUCGCAGGGGCCUGCUGCUGCUCCUGCAGCAGGAGCAGAAGCAGCAGCAGAGGAAAGUCCAGCAGCACCAGCAGCAGCAGCAGCAGCAGCAGCAGCAGCAGCAGGUGUUCCCCCCGUCUGCGAUCGCAGGUUUAUCGACAUGCUGCUGCUGGGCCCCAAAGGAGUUGGCAAGAGACAAAUUCUGGAAGCUUUGCUGCAGCAAUUAGGAGACACCCACGCGCAGGAGCAGCUGCAGCAGCAGCUGCAGCAGCAGCAGGAGCAGCAGGAGCUGCUGCAGCAGCAGGGCACGUACGACAAGGAGGGUUGGUUCGAAAUUCUCGUCAAGGUGCAGUGCCCGCGCUUGGUGGUUUUGUACUUCACCUUUGAUUGGAGUCCGCAGUGUUUGGAAACCCUCAGACAGCGUUUGCUGCACUGCAGCUUUUUGUGCAUGGUGUUUAAUCCAAACCACAAAAAAGGGUUUGUGUCUCUCUUGUCGCUUUUCAAAGAAGUGCUGCUGCCGCAGCUCGGCGACUCUGCUGCGCUGCUGCGCCUGCUGCUCGUCGAAAACAACGCAGCAGCAGCAGCACCAGCAGCAGCAGCAGCAGCAGCAGCAGACCCCGACGCAGGCAGAGUCGACCCACAGGUCGCCAGAGACGCAGCUGCGUCUUUGGGCUGCCACUACAAAAGUUUGUUUGAGUUAUCUUCGGUGUACGAACAGCUGGGGCUUUCCGGGGCUUUGCUGCUGCAGCGGCGCAGCAAAACGGAAGCAGCGCUGCGGCAGCAGCGGCUGAGCAGCAGCAGCAGCAGCAGCAGCACCAGCAGCAGCAGGGGCGCGUCGAGCCUGCUGCCGGGGCGGCUGCUGCGCAGCUCCAGCUCCUUCUCUGCUUCUCUUGUCGACUCCAUUCGGUCUUUUAUUGCAACUGGAAAAGCUAAUGGAGAAAUUGCAAAAAGAAAUUUCAAAAUUCAAAGUGAACUUUCCUUUCUGCAUCCGUCGGUGCCGCCAGCUGUACAUACACCCCAGCGCAACUCGCCCUGCGACGGAGUCGUUCCUGUUGUCGAAAUUCAACCGGGGCGGGAAGAAGACCGGGACGCGGUGACUUGUUUGGCCUUCGGAGCUGAAAGAGAAAAUGCAGAUUUUAUUUUAUUAGCAGCAGCACAAAAAAACGGAAGAGUAAUUGUUUACAGAUGUUACAGAACACAAAUUGAAAAACAAACUCUGGACCUCAACGACAUUAGAUCUGCAAGUAACCAGCUGAAGCUGCACAUCUGGGACACUGGGGGCCAAGAGCGUUUCCGUGCAAUGGCUCCUUUGUACUACAGAGAUGCUGCAGGAGCUGUCGUCGUUUACGACAUUACGGCGCCUUCCUCCCUGGAAGCCGUCAAGUUUUGGACUGAAGAGCUGCGGCAGCACCUCGAUCACUGCAGCAUUACUGUAGCAGCAAAUAAGUGCGACUUGCUGGGUGGCCCUUCUGAGGGGGCCCCUGAGCAGCAGCAGCAGCAGCAGAUGCUGGAAGUAGCAGCAGCAACAGCUGACUCUGCUGCUGCUGCGGAAGCGGAGGCCGAGGCAGAGCAGUACAAAAAGGAUUUGGCCCAAGUUAAGCGAGGCGUCGAGGAAGUGAAGAAGUUCUGCGCAUCAAAUCAUUUCGCUUUCAUCGAAUGCUCUGCAAAGACGGGGCAAAACGUGAAUCGGCUAUUCGAAGACCUCGCGGCAGUAGCAGCAGCAACAGCAGCAGCAGCAGCACUAGGACUAGCCAGCGCACCAGGAGCAGCAGCACCAGCAGCAGAUGAGAAUGACCGCGUCUCCGCGGAGGAACAGUUUGGAUAUAAAUCUGUCUUUGUUGACAACUUUUUGCUUCUUUUUGCCGCCCCCGCGGGUCACUUCGCUCCACAUUUCCCGCACGUCCGUCAGCAGCAAGUUGCAGUGCCGGUCAAACGCCUUCACCCGCGCCAGCAGCUUUCUGUUGUUGCGGCAGUUCACCAGCACUUGGCUGUUGUCCAGCACGCACCGCGACAGCAGCGUCAGCGGGCCCCCCUCCUGCAGCAGCAGCAGCAGCAGCAGCAGCAGCAGCAGCAGCAGCAGCAGCGGCGGCGGCGGCAGCGGCAGCGGUGGCGGGGAGGGGGGAGUGGGGGGAGGCGGCAGCGGGAGGGAGGGUGA